GAGGUUUUCAAGAUGGCUGCGCCCUUGGAUAAAGUCAUGUGCGCUGUUAGCAGUCAAGUACUUCGGUGUUUAAGACGAUGUCAGCCCGUUGGUGCACAGUUAAGAUCAACAGUUUUCAACAGCACACCUACAUUGCAAGCUGCCUUCUAUUCUUCAAGUGAGCAAGAGGAGAAAGAUCCAUUUAAAGUCUUUUUGAAUCAUGACAUCCAGAGACUGCUCAGAAGAAUCACUGGUUUUGAUAUUAUGAAGAUCACUCAACCUCGACCCACACCUCUCUCCAAACCGAAGUAUAAGCUUUUGACAGAUGAAGAAUUGGAGCAGAUAGGAGAGAAGGCACUGAGACGAGCCAAGCAGCGGCUACAGAUGCCCCCCUACAUGAGGGUGAGACUGCCCAUCACGGAAGUGUUGACCCACGAUCCAGAUCUGGAGGGGCUGGAGACGUCCAAACUGGUGUUCACAGACAUCACCUUUGGUGUGUCAGACAGGAGCCGUUUGAUUGUUGUCCGCGAUCCAAGCGGAACUUUGAGAAAGGCAUCAUGGGAAGAACGAGACAAGAUCAACCAGAUCUACAACCCCCGGGAAGGCAGGAUGCUGGUGAUGCCACAGAUGUUUCUGGAGAAAAACCUGGAGAAUUUAUUGAACAGGAAGAAAUACGCCUACAUACUGGACAAGGCAUGUGUUCAGUUUGAGCCUGAUCACCCGGACUACAUUAGGAUCACUCACAGGUGUUACCAGUCUGUCCACGAUCAACGAGAUUAUGAUGAUCUUCGAUCAACAAGGCAUUUCGGACCCAUGGCAUUCCAUUUAGUCUGGAACAAACAGAUAGACUACCUACUGAUUGACAUGCUGCUGAGGAGCCUAGCUCAUGAUGCAGCUUACUUGGUCAACAUUUACCACCAAGUACAUCAACACUCCGUGUCUGCGGAAUACUGCAGAGAGAGUCGUUUAGAAGGCAUUGAUGUGAUUAAGGCAUACUGUGAGCAUGAUUGUAAGCACAAGGCGGAGCUGGAACUGGCUGUCCAGAGUGUGGACCCAGAAAAGGCCAAGGCAGCCAAGGCGGAGGCCAUCAGGAGGUUCACCACCCUGUACCCAACAAGUAAACCUGACACUGCCUCACCCCACCCUCAGUGAAACAGCACCACAACACUUGAUGUGGAUAACUGUGUAACAGAGCUACAGUAUUCAGCUACUAUGUGGAGUGUACCUUUCAUCUGUGCCAAGUUGACUCCUCUACAGUCUAGUAGCUGUGUCUAGACUGCCGAAUUGGUGCCUGUGGCCACUUGCUCCUAAUUGGUUCUGAUAAGGUUCCUGUGUAAAUCUAAGACAAGAAGAUUUACAUGUAUACAAAUGGAUAACCAACUUCAUAAAGACAGCCAAAGAUUUGAGUGGAGAUCAUUCCAAUGAUUUGGAUGUUUCCAUGGUUACAAAAGACAAUCUUGCCCAUAGUGAUUGUACAUGCCUGUGUGUGUUUCAUGAAAAGGAACAUGUUGGAUCAUCUGUUCUUUGCAAUCUCAUUAAUGUUUUGGCUCCGUUCCAUGUAUGUUAAAUGGGGCCCUAUUUUACUCAAAUUCGAUACCUCAGCUGUCCAAAGAUUCUGGAUAAGUGCUGUAUGUAAAUGUAUGAUAUAAUAUAAUAAGAAUAGAACCGAAUAUUUGCUGUAAUUUUGAACAUUGCUGUCAGACUGAAAACAACAUUCAUUCACUCACUGGGACAGAGUGGAUCCUCUUGCGACCAAGCGAUCUUGGCUCCACGACUGUCGUAACUCACAUUCUGUUACAUUGGCUUAUGGAACAUGUACCUCAAAGAUCGCUUUGUGGGUGAGGGUCUGGUCGGAAAAUAUCUGUGCAGUGUGGAUCGUACUUUGAUACCUUAAUGUAAGAAGAUGACAAAGUGAGACAUUUAUCCAUCUUCCCUAGGCAAGGACUGCAAAAGUCCAUUUUCCACCCUUGCCGAACUAGACUGGAAUUUCAGGGCUCAAUCGUAGCGCGACCAGUGGCUAUUACGAGUUACGUCCCUUCUAUGUCCCGACU